AUGAACCCCCAGGAGAUGGAGCUCGGCCAAGAGGUGAUGGAGGAAACCGAUGCCCCUCUUCGCCAUCGCCCCAAUAACCACAACAACCGGUCCCGUAACUACAGCAACCAGGAAAAGCGGUACAGGCGCUGUGAGGCCAUGGCUGGAGGAAGCGCUGGUGGCAAAGUCAGAGUGCCGCAACAGCGUCGGCCGCAGGAGGAGCAAGACAUGGAGCUGCAAUAUGGAGCUCAGUCUCCACAGCUCCAACAGCCCCAACAGCCCCAGCCCAUUCCUCGACCUGCAGUGACACGUUAUCGCAGACAGGGGGACAGUGAGGCCCGGAUCAGAUCCCAGCAGCAGAGGUACAGGCAGAGGCAGCAGAGAGAGGCAGAGAGAGCACAACACUUAGCACAUCAACAGGAGAAGCAGCACCGUACAGAGGCAACCCAGGAAGAUGAACGAGAGAGGGACGAUUCAGUGCUGGCCCGUUCAGGGAGCACUGAGAGCGGCUUCCACACUCAUACGGACCGGGCUGAGGGAGACGAUGGCCUGGUCAUGAUGUCUCUGGAGCCUGAGGGGCAGCCAGAGGUGGAGGAUGAGGCGGGGAACUAUGGAGUCCAGCUACGGCCUGAGGCGGAAGGGUACACUGAGAGCGCCGAAGCUGAACAGCAACAUCUCCAUCCACAUCCUAACUAUCCUCCUCAGCCACCACCACUUCCACAUGAACCCCUGCCUGACAUCCAAAACCCCCAGCGACAGGAUGAAGCAGAGGAAAUGUUGAACGCUGGCUACUCCAACUACGUCUACACCCAGCCCCUCAGCCACUCUGGGGCAAGGACCGAUACCUUGGUCGGUCAGAGCUUGGAGGGUUUAGAUACUGGACUUGCAGAUGAAGCCUAUUCUGAGCCAUAUGACAUUUACUCACUGUCUGAGCAUGUUUACGAGGAAAUCUGUGAUGCUCCCACAUCAGCAGUCUCAUCUGCUGCAGAUGGGACUGGGGACGCAGAAUCUCUCCAGCAGAAGAGGGCCAGCUUUCGGCUGUUGGAGGGCCGGGCGGGAGGUGGCAACUACCAUCAGCAGGAGGCAGUAGGCUCCCGUCUGCGCCACUAUGAUGAACGCUCAGAUGGUGAGUCAGACAGCCCAGAGAAGGAGGCCGAGUUUGCGCCGUAUCCACGUGCUGACAGCUGUGAGCAGGAGGAGGACAUUGACAGCAUCGUGGCUGAGGUCAAAGAAAGCCUAAGCUCUCAGAGUCUUAAUCGUAGUGCAGAAGACACGGUAGAUGAAGAAAAUGAGCUAGCACAGGAAAAAGAGAAACCCCAACCUGAAUCCCAGACCAACUCUGAUAAACACCACAAGGCUACCAACCGAGGGAAGCCAGCCAGAAAACAGGCUGUGAGUCCUUCAGAGGAGCCUGUAGCAGUGAGGAACAGGCAGGAGAAGAGGGACGCAAUAUCUCUGGCCAUCAAGGACAUUAAGGAGGCCAUAGAGGAGGUGAAGACCAGAACGGUGAGAUCUCCUUAUACACCUGAUGAGCCCAAGGAGCCCAUUUGGGUAAUGAGGCAGGAUCUGAGCCCCACUGCCGAGUGUGACCUUCAACCAUCUCUGGGGGGUGAUUCUCCCGGUUCAGGCUCACCUUCUCCUCCAGGAGCAGAAUCAUCCAACAGGCAUCUGUUGCAGGAUAGCAGCUUUGAAUCUUCUCCUUCCAGUAAAGAGUCCAUGAGAAGCCUUGCGUCCUUCCCCACAUAUGUAGAAGUCCCAGGCCCAUGUGACCCAGAAGACCUGAUCGAUGGGAUCAUUUUCGCAGCCAACUACCUUGGCUCUACCCAGCUGCUAUCGGAUAAAACUCCAUCCAAGAAUAUCCGCAUGAUGCAGGCACAGGAAGCAGUCAGUCGAAUCAAGGCCCCUGAGGGUGAGCCUCAGCCCAUGACAGAGGUGGAUCUCUUCAUCUCUACCCAGAGAAUCAAAGUGCUCAACGCUGACUCCCAGGAGACCAUGAUGGACCAUCCUUUACGGACUAUCUCCUACAUUGCUGACAUUGGGAACAUCGUGGUUCUAAUGGCCCGACGCAGGAUGCCUCGAUCUGACUCUCAGGAGAAUGUAGAAGCCUCCGACCCAGGUCAAGACAGCAAGCGCCAGUACAAGAUGAUAUGCCACGUGUUUGAGUCUGAGGAUGCUCAGCUGAUUGCACAGUCCAUUGGGCAGGCCUUCAGUGUGGCUUACCAGGAAUUCCUACGGGCCAAUGGCAUUAACCCUGAGGACCUAAGCCAGAAGGAAUACAGUGACCUGCUCAACACUCAGGACAUGUACAAUGAUGACCUUAUUCACUUCUCCAAGUCUGAGAAUUGCAAAGAUGUGCUCAUAGAGAAAAAUAAGGGGGAGAUUCUGGGUGUGGUCAUUGUGGAGAGUGGAUGGGGCUCCAUCCUCCCCACUGUCAUCAUUGCCAACAUGAUGCAUGCCGGGCCGGCUGAGAGGUCUGGCAGACUGAACAUAGGAGACCAGAUCAUGUCAAUCAAUGGGACCAGUUUGGUGGGAUUGCCGCUGUCCACCUGCCAGAGUAUCAUAAAGGGUCUGAAAAACCAGUCUCGGAUCAAGCUGAACAUUGUCAGAUGUCCCCCAGUAACCACUGUUCUCAUCAGACGGCCAGACCUCCGCUACCAGCUGGGCUUCAGUGUCCAGAACGGCAUUAUCUGUAGCCUUAUGCGUGGGGGCAUCGCGGAACGAGGUGGGGUCAGGGUGGGUCACCGCAUCAUUGAAAUCAACAGCCAGAGUGUGGUGGCUACGCCCCAUGAAAAAAUUGUCCACAUCCUGUCCAACGCUGUGGGAGAGAUCCACAUGAAGACAAUGCCUGCAGCCAUGUACCGCCUGCUGACCGCCCAGGAGCAGCCUGUUUACAUUUAA